AUGAAAGAGAAAAGAAGAAGGCGGUUUAGACGCCUGUGAAGAAAGUCACUGAAGACGAGUGGAAAGGUGGACAAAAAAAGAGUUUCAGUAUUUGUCUGAAACUCCUGGAUAAAAGUCUUUUCCCUGUUUGGAAUGAUCUGAAUGUUUCAAGCUUCAAAUCAGGAUGUUUGUUUUCAUCUGGUUAAUCGUGUCUCUCCCUACUGGCAACGGUGCAUUACAAUGGAAAAUCCCCUGUCAACAGGAAGGUUAUUGUGUUUCUUUCAAUGAGGAUGAAAUAAGAGCAGAAGCUGGACUCUGUGCUGUGAUACCAUGCUCUUUCACAUCUUUCUUUGUACCCGAACAUAUUAUUUGGUAUAAAUGUGAAAAACUUGAGGACAAUUGUGCCAAAUCUGUCCCUGUAUUUCACUCUGACAAGAACGAGGAAAACAUUCAACCUGGGUUCAAAGGUCGUGUGUCACUGCUGCACCUGAACAUGACUGAGAAGAACUGCAGCAUGGUGAUCAAUGAUCUUCAGAAAUCUGAUUCUGGAUCAUAUCAGCUCCGAGUUGUGGGAAAAGAAACAGGAGAAGCAUUUGCAUAUCUUGCAAAAACAAAACUCUCAUUAGUAGAUCUGAACCAAAAGCCCUCAGUGAUGAUUCCUCCACUGACUGAGGGACAGCAGGCCUCUCUGACCUGCACUGCUCCUGGUCUCUGCUCUGGGUCUCCUCCUAAAAUCACCUGGAUGUGGAGAGGAGAAGGAGAGAAUGAUUCUUACAUCAUAGGAAACAUUACUGCUUUAAAAACAGAGAAUCUGACUGCUUUCACAAAGAGACAUGUCUCAACUCUGACCUUUAACGCAUCAACUGAUCACCACAACACCAGUAUAACCUGCAAAGUCAGCUUCACAGGCGACAUAAAUAUAAAUGAGACUGUGACUCUGAAUGUGACAUAUGCAAGAAAACCUCAGAUCUCUGGCAGGACAACCGUCAUGGAGGGAGACAAUCUGAAUCUGACCUGCAGUGUUGACAGUGUUCCUCCAUCAGUCAUCACAUGGACUAAAUCUAGAAAACAAGCCGAACAGCAGAGUUACAAUGUAUCUAAAAAUUGUGGCAGCAGUAAAAUCUGUCAGCGACAAAAAAGAAGUUGCUUGUUUUCCGUCACUAAUGUGACAACAGAAGAUGCUGGUCUUUAUAUCUGCACAGCAAAACAUCUGAACAACACUCAGAGAGAAACAAUUACUGUAACAGUGACAUAUGCAAGAAAACCUCAGAUCUCUGGCAGGACAACCGUCAUGGAGGGAGACAAUCUGAAUCUGACCUGCAGUGUUGACAGUGUUCCUCCAUCAGUCAUCACAUGGACUAAAUCUAGAAAACAAGCCGAACAGCAGAGUCACAAUGUAUCUAAAAAUUGUGGCAGCAGUAAAAUCUGUCAGCGACAAAAAAGAAGUUGCUUGUUUUCCGUCACUAAUGUGACAACAGAAGAUGCUGGUCUUUAUAUCUGCACAUCAAAACAUCUGAACAACACUCAGAGAGAAAAAAUUACUGUAACAGUGACAUAUGCAAGAAAACCUCAGAUCUCUGGCAGGACAACCGUCAUGGAGGGAGACAAUCUGAAUCUGACCUGCAGUGUUGACAGUGUUCCUCCAUCAGUUAUCAAGUGGACUAAAUCUGGAAUAGAAAUCAAAUGGCAGGACAACAUUUUAAGCAAAGCAGAAAGCAGAAAAGUCUACCUGCUGGAAAAAAGUGGAUGUGUCUCUUUUUCCUUCAUGAAUGUAACAUCAGAAGAAGCUGGACGUUACAUUUGUACAGCAACGUAUCAGAAUGAAAGCAUGACAGAAGAAGUCCAUGUUAAAGUGACUUCUUAUCAUGAGAAACAUUGUGUUUCUGGCUUUGGAGCUCUUCCCUGGGUCAUUGCUGGUGUUUCACUCAGUGUACAUGUUUUCUGUAUGAUCUACAUUUGGCACCUUUGGAACACAAGAAAAAAAACAAACCUCACUGAAGAUCAAACUUAUUUGUCUCUGCAAAAACGUGAUACAUCAGCAGAGUAUGAUGUUAUUGUCCAAAGACCACAGUAACAUGCUUCCAGAGAUCAUUCUCACUUGGAUCUUACAUAAAGAAAAAUAUGUAUAUAUAUAAAAUCAAUUUCAGUAUUCUACAUGCAAUAGAAGAGUGGAUUUAUGUUUUCUAGAAUAAGAAAAAUGUUUUGAUCCACAAUUGUUAAAUAAAAAGAAAUAGUAAGUGUCUCUAGAUAAGAAUAAGAUAUACCAUAUAAUAUAACAAGAAUGAUGAAUAUUGUAUAGAUUUGUGUUCUGGAGUGCUUCAAUAGCUUUUACCAUUUCUAAUCAGCACAAAUAAAAUAUAUUUUAACAUUUAAGCAUCUUAGCUUUUAACAGUACUGGUUGUUUCAAUAGAAUAACAAUAUUUUACAUCUCACAUAACAAACUGUACUUUGUUGUUAUGCCCAAACAUUUUGAGACCAAGAGCUACUUUUUCCCACACCAGCCGGCUGAGAGCUACCACGUGUCAAAAUAGAUUAUAAAUGAAACUCUAUUGACUUAUUUUAUAUAAGUUAUAAUAAGUUAUAGCAGACAUAUUAAAGAGAUAGAAAACCUAAAUUCUGACAUUGGGAGAGGGUUGCUAGUUUGUCCUAGUCGGGCCAGCAGGAUUCAGUGGUUGAUUAGCUAAUUUCAACACCUGAUCUGCUAGUGACCUGUCAGAGAGUCGGCCUGUGGGUCGCCUAUUUUUUGCUAAUGGAACCAAAAUUGGCACACAGAAUCGAUGCAACACCUUAUUGAAACAAUAAUUACAGUGACUAUUGUUUUUGUCGGAUCACUUGGGACAUUAUUUUAAUUCAUUUAAACAAGUUUGUUGAGUUAUUCUUCAUGUCUUUUAAAAAAAUUUAGGAUCUUAGUGAAUACUUUGAUUUGCGUGUAAGAAGAGAUCGUCUCAGCCUCCUGGUGGAGUUCAGUUUUUUGUUACCAGAAGACGAUACUGCCGAGAUCAACUCAAAACCUUCCUGAGAUCGACUAGUGAAUCGUGACCGAUGUAUUGAGCACCCGUAACAGUAGCAAUCAUACUGCAAUUAUUGCUUACUGUAAAGUGUGCUGGCCUAUUUUGCAUACAGCUACAAAUGUCAAUUUAAAAUUUCAAAUAAAGAGCGUCGGUGAAAAUGCGUUUAUUAUUAACUCUUUGAUACUACUUACUUAAAGUGGAGUGGACAUCUUUGCAGUUGUGUGCUUAUAAAUAGUAAAUGACCUGUAGUCCAGAUGGUCCUAAAGUGCUCCACACUACAUUCACUCACUCAUCCAUUGAUAAAUACAUUGUAGCCACAGCUUCCCUGGGGCAGUCUGACAAAAGUGGAGCUGCUCUACAUGUGGCCCAUUUGAUAAGUCACAUUAUGUUGAUUUUGUGUUUCUAGCACAAUAAUUCUAUAUAGGCUGUAUAUUGGCAAUGACAAUGGUUUUCUUUUCUUCAAAGAAACACACACACACAAAAACAGCAAAGCCCACUGAGAACGAUCAAACUUACAUGUUUCCUAAAAUAUUCAUUUAUUUAUUUAUUUAUACCUUAAAUAAGAAGCUAAAUGCAAAUGGUAGACCACUAAGUUCAAUCAUGGCUGUGAAUUAAAUGCAUAAAAACAAAGUUAUGAAAGUUGCACAUUGCCUUAGCCACAGAAAAAGUGCAAAGCAACAACAUACUUACAAACCAACUUCCCCAUUCUUAAUGGUGCAGAAACAGGAAGAAAUAUAGAAAGAAGACAAGAAUGCAGUUUCACCUUCAGUGAAGAGAUUCACUGAAGACAAAACAGAGGUAAAUAAAUCUUUGAUUAAUGCAAUGCAGUUUAGCCCACAUCAGACUG